GUUCUCCCAACUGAUGAAUCAGUGGAACAUAAGAAGUCCCACAGACAGAGCCACAGGAAGAAAGUCCUACCAGAGAUCUACCUGACCAGGCUGCUCUCCACAAAGGGCACGCUGCAGAAGUUCCUGGACGACUUGUUCAAAGCCAUUCUCAGCAUCCGAGAUGAUAAACCACCUGUGGCCGUGAAGUAUUUCUUCGACUUCCUGGAGGAGCAAGCAGAGAAAAGAGGGAUCACGGACCCUGACACUCUGCACAUCUGGAAGACUAACAGCCUGCCUCUGAGGUUUUGGGUUAACAUCCUGAAGAACCCCCAGUUCGUCUUCGACAUUGACAAGACCGACCACAUCGACGCCUGUCUCUCUGUGAUAGCCCAGGCCUUCAUUGACGCCUGCUCCCUGUCUGACCUGCAGCUGGGCAAG